GAGAAAACGAUAGUAUUCAUUACCAGUGGCACAAACGUAAAUAAACCCAUCUCCAACUUCCUUUAUUCGAAUAAAACCAACCGCCGCCUGUCAACUAUUUCAGAAAUGUCGGCUUCCCAUUUUCAAACCACCAAAAACACGUUCCACCAUUAACUCCCCCCGGCAACUAAAACCACCACCACCACCACCACCACCGCCGCCGCCGCCGCUUCCUCACCGGAAAAUGACAUCACUACCUUUUAUUUUCACAACUCUGAUCAACCUUUUAUUAGUGAAUUCCCAACAGUUUUCAAUAUCUGAACAAACCACAUUACUUAACCUCAAGCAAAAAUGGGGAAACCCACCAUCUCUAACAAACUGGAACAACACCUCUUCUUCAUCUCCAUGCAACUGGGCCGAAAUUACGUGCAACAGUAACGGCUCUGUUACUCGUCUUAAUCUUCAAACCAAAGGGUUAACCGGAGCCAUACCGCGGUUCAUAUGUGAGCUCCAGAAUCUUCAAAGUAUAAUUCUAGCUGAUAACUACCUCACAGGAGAGUUCCCUAGAGUUUUAUAUAAUUGUUCCAAGCUCACCCAACUUGACAUAUCGCAAAACGCUUUUGUUGGAAAGUUGCCCGAUGAUAUAGAUAGGUUGUCGCAGCUGGAGUAUGUUGACUUUGGAGGUAAUAACUUCACGGGUGACAUACCUCCAGCGAUCGGAACAUUGUCUUCUUUGAUGUAUUUGCAAUUGUAUCUGAAUUUGUUUGAUGGGUUUAUUCCUUCAGAGAUUGGAAACUUAUCCAGUCUGGAGGUUUUAGGAUUGGCGUAUAAUGGUUUUGCGAAUCCGGAAAUACCGCCAGAGUUUGGGAAGCUGAGGAGGUUGAGAAAGUUGUGGAUGCCUCAAACUAAUCUGGUUGGGAAAAUACCUGAUAGUUUUGCAAAUUUGUCGGAUCUCGAGUUGUUGGAUUUGAGUUCGAAUAAGUUGGAAGGUGAAAUUCCUUCUGGAUUGUUUCUGUUGAAGAAUCUGAGUCAGUUGUACUUGUAUAAAAACAGUUUAUCCGGAAAAAUUCCGUCGGUUAUCGAGUCUGUUAAGUUGGUUGAAAUAGAUGUUUCGAUGAACCAGUUAACUGGCAUAAUUCCCGAAGAGUUUGGGAAAUUGCAGCAGCUAGAGGUGAUGAAUUUGUUUUCAAAUCAGUUAUCUGGUAACAUUCCAACUAGUAUUUCUAGUAUUCCGAAGCUGAGGAUUUUUCGAGUGUUUAGAAACAAUCUAAGCGGCGAAUUACCUUCAGAAAUGGGUCUGCACUCGAAGCUGGAAGCGUUUGAGGUAUCCGAGAACAGACUCACUGGAAAACUGCCUGAGAGUUUGUGUGGUGGGGGUACUUUGUUUGUUGUGGUGGCUUUCUCCAAUAAUCUAACCGGAGAGAUACCGAGAUCACUCCAGAGUUGUAAUAAGCUUCACACAAUCCAACUCUAUGACAAUAGUUUCACAGGUGAAUUCCCUUCAGGAAUUUGGUCAUUGUAUAAUCUGGCUAGUUUGCGAAUCAGCGGAAACCUUCUUUCAGGCAAGCUUCCGAAGAGGUUAGCAUGGAAUUUGUCUAGAUUGGAGAUCAGUGACAACAAGUUUUCGGGCCGAAUUCCAGAAGGGAUUUCGUCAUGGAAGAAACUAAAUGUGUUCAAGGCUAGUAACAACUUGUUGUCAGGUGAAAUCCCGAUCGGAUUAACUAAUCUUUCGCAGUUAUCUGUUCUUUAUCUUGAUGGUAAUUCGCUUUCUGGUGAACUUCCAUCAACAAUCCGGUCAUGGAGUUCAUUAACCACGUUAAAUCUAGCCCGAAACAAGCUCUCCGGCCAGAUUCCACCAGGAAUCACUGAUUUACCACAUCUUCUUGAUCUUGAUUUAUCAGAAAACCAAUUUUCGGGUAAAAUCCCACCACAAUUGAGUAGUUUAAGGCUUACCACUUUGAAUCUGUCUUCCAACAACCUCACUGGAAGAAUACCCUAUGCACUCGAUAAUCUAGCAUACGAAAACAGUUUCUUGAACAAUCCGAAUCUUUGUGCUUCAUCCCCAAUCCGAAACAUGCAUAACUGCUAUGCAGGUUCUACCAAAUCCUCACACUCCAAUAAGUUUUUGCACAAAAUCAUCGCUAUGAUUGUCGUUUUAUCAGCAUUCGUCAUACUCGUCGCCAUUCUAUGCAUACUGUUCAUCUUUAGAGGCUACCUUAAGAAGAAACAGAAACUGGAUUUAACCACAUGGAAGUUGACUUCAUUUCAUACUUUAAAGUUCACAGAAGCAAAUAUUUUGUGUUGUUUGACCGAUAACAAUUUGAUUGGAAGUGGCGGGUCAGGUAAAGUGUACCAGAUUGAGAUCGGGCGGCAUGGGGAGUAUGUUGCUGUGAAAAGAAUCUGGAACACUCGAAAAAUAGACCAAACGCUCGAAAAAGAGUUCUUAUCCGAGGUUCAAAUAUUGGGUUCGAUUCGUCACUCUAACAUAGUUAAGCUGUUAUGUUGUUUUUCAAGUGAGGAUUCUAAGCUUCUUGUUUACGAGUAUAUGGAGAAUCAGAGUCUUGAUAAGUGGUUACAUGGGAAGAAGAUGAAAACAAACCGCGGGUUGGUUCAUCACAGGGUCUUGGAUUGGCCCAAGCGGCUUCAGAUUGCAAUCGGGGCCGCUCAGGGGCUUUGUUAUAUGCACCAUGAUUGUUCACCACCGAUCAUUCAUAGAGAUGUGAAGUCAAGCAAUAUAUUGUUGGAUUCUGAGUUUAAAGCGCGGAUUGCAGAUUUUGGACUGGCGAAGAUUUUGACCAAGCCGAAGCCUGGUCAGGCCAAUACUAUGGCUGCUAUAGCUGGAUCAUUUGGUUAUAUUCCUCCUGAGUAUGCAUACUCCACAACAAUAACCGAGAGGGUAGAUGUAUACAGUUUUGGUGUGGUGCUACUAGAACUAGUAACCGGAAAAGAACCACACGCAGGAGAUAGUGAAACGAAUCUUGCAGAAUGGACUUGGAAACAUUUUAGUGAAGGGAAAUCCAUGGUUGAAGCUUUGGACCCGGAGAUCAAACAAGCCAAUUGCUACAUGGAAGAAAUUAGCCUAGUGUUCAAACUUGGGCUCAUAUGCACUAGUACCGUGCCUUCAAGUCGACCUUCAAUGAAAGAAGUACUUGAGAUUCUUAGAAGAUGUGAUUCUCCGUCUAGUGAAGAGCGAAAAGUGGGAGAAGAGAUUGAUGUCGCGCCACUUUUAAGGAGAGAAAGUUAUCUUUCUAAUUAUCGUCGUAAUGGGAAUAAGGUGGCACAUCAAAGUAUUGAUAUACUUGAUGGUAGAUUGUAAAGGUUGAUGAAAAUAGUAAGUUUAAGUUAUUGUGUGUUUCUUUAA